UGCAUCAUUUUAGGCAGACUCAGCAACAGCUUCUUUCACCAGGCAGUCAGACUCCUCACACACACACACACAUGCUUUUUUCAGUAACUGCUGUGAUCAUAUAUGUUCUAUAUGUUACAGUAUGUUACAUAUCUCUGCACCUUAUCCUCACCAUACACAUGUCAUUGUACCAUAUCGGUACUGCAGUGUCCUGUCUGUUAAAUUGUCUUUAUUGUAGUGUUUUUUUUCUAUGUUGCACGAUUUGUUGCACACUUGCAUGUAUGUUGUCUAUUGUAAUGUUGUUCCAUGUUGCACCAGACUCACUCGUGAGCGCCCUCUUGCGGUCUAACAAACCCGUACAAGAUUCUAAAUUGUGUAUUCUCCUCUGUAGAUGACCUGUGGCUCCAUCCCAGCAGACUGCUGCUGUCCGGCUGCACAACAAGCGAGAGAGGAUAAUAAGUUAUUAGCUCCUCCUGAUUCAGCUCUAAUCCCCCACAGUCCAGUUCCCGCUCCGGACCCGAGGGGCUUCUGCCAGCAUGUCGGAUAAAAGUGAGCUGAAGGCAGAGCUGGAGAGAAAGAAACAGCGGCUGGCUCAGAUCAGGGAGGAAAAGAAGAGGAAAGAGGAGGAACGGAAGAAGAAAGAGACUGAUGGACGUAAGGAAGGCUCAUCUCCCCCAAACGAUGACUCUGAUCUGGAGAGGAAGCGAAGGGAGGCGGAGGCUCUGCUGCAGAGUAUGGGCAUCACUGACCCUGCCAUGGUGCAGCCCCUGCGUGUAGUAACAGAAGAUACAUGUUUGUUUCAUUAUUUAGUCCCCCCUCCUAUGUCCCCCUCUGCUAAAUCGGUGGGCAGUGAGACAGGCAGCCAGGACUCUGGAGACGGAGCUACAGGACCCAGGACUCUACACUGGGACUCUGACCCCUCUACUCUGCUGCUGCAUUCAGACUCUCAGCUUGGGCGGCUUCCUCUGAGGUUGGGUAUGGCUAAAGUGACUCAGGUGGACUUCCCUCCGAAAGAGAUGGUGUCCUACUCUAAAGAGACACAGACCCCCACUCAGACCCAGAUUAAGCAUGUAGAAGAUGAGAAUGAGGAGGAGGACCUGGCUGUGGUUCAGUCGACUCUGGAAGCUCCUCAGGAGAAUGAGUCCCAAGAAACUGAAGAGGAGGCGCCCCCUCAUGAGCUGACGGAGGAGGAGAAGCAGCAGAUCCUGCAUUCAGAGGAGUUUCUCACCUUUUUUGACCACAGCUCUCGCAUUGUGGAGCGGGCACUCUCAGAGCAUGUGGACGUCUGCUUCGACUACAGCGGCCGAGACCUGCAGGACAAGGAGGGAGACACUCAGGGUGGGACUAAGCUGUCACUUAACAGGCAGUUUAUGGAUGAACGCUGGUCCAAACACAGAGUGGUCACCUGUCUGGACUGGUCUCCUCAGUAUCCUGAGCUGCUGGUGGCGUCGUACAGCAGUAAUGAGGAAGCUCCUCAUGAGCCUGAUGGAGUUGCUCUGGUGUGGAAUAUGAAGUACAAGAAAACCACCCCCGAAUACGUCUUCCACUGUCAGUCGGCAGUGAUGUCAGCAGCGUUUGCUCGAUUCCAUCCUAAUCUGGUGGUUGGAGGAACCUACUCUGGACAGAUUGUUCUGUGGGACAACCGGAGUAACAAACGCACUCCAGUACAGAGAACACCACUCUCUGCCUCUGCACACACGCACCCGGUGUACUGUGUGAGUUUGGUGGGCAGUCAAAAUGCACAUAACCUCAUCAGCAUCUCCACUGAUGGCAAAAUGUGCUCCUGGAGUUUAGACAUGCUGUCCACUCCACAGGACAGUCUGGAGCUGGUGUUUAAGCAGUCUAAACCUGUGGCAGUGACCUCCAUGUCUUUUCCUCUGGGCGACGUCAAUAAUUUUGUGGUGGGCAGUGAGGACGGCACAGUCUACACAGCAUGCAGACAUGGAAGUAAAGCGGGGAUCAGUGAGAUGUUUGAAGGUCAUCACGGUCCAGUUACUGGAUUGGACUGCCAUAUGGCUGCUGGACCUGUAGACUUCUCUCACCUGUUCGUGACUUCAUCCUUCGACUGGACCGUCAAACUGUGGAGCACCAGGAACACUAAGCCCCUGUACUCAUUCGAGGAUAACUCGGACUAUGUGUAUGAUGUCAUGUGGUCCCCUGCCCACCCUGCCUUGUUCGCCUGUGUUGAUGGAGUAGGACACCUUGACCUGUGGAACCUCAACAAUGAGACAGAGGUUCCAACAGCUAGUGUGACAGUGGAGGGAAAUCCAGCCCUGAACCGUGUGCGCUGGGCAAAUUCAGGCAGAGAGGUUGCUGUUGGCGACUCUGAGGGUCAGGUGCACAUUUACGACGUGGGAGAGCAGAUCGCCGUGCCGCGGCAGGACGAGUGGACUCGCUUCGUGCGAACUCUCCAUGAGCUUAACGAGAACCAGGAGGAUGCAGAGGAACUGGCAACCCAGCGCCUCGUUGCAUGAACCCAGAGGGUCUGGCAACCCACGUAAAUACUUACACCUGAAAGGAAGAGUGAAGUUUCAGCUUCUUGCAGUUUUAAGUGUUCUGAGCGACAAUCUAGAGUUUUCUUUCAGCUUGCUGAUACAGUUUCCCUGGAGUUCAGGAUACGAGAAGUGAAGGUCGAAGAGAGUAUUUUAAGCUCAUAAUUCUAGUAAUUAAUAGCAGGUAAAUUAUUAAUGAGGUGGGAUAUGAAGAAUGAAGGUGCAGUGGUGUGAUUAGCUACAAGCUGCAGCUAACUGGUUCUUUCAGCACUGCAUUUUGACCAAGGGCUGAUCUUCAGACAGUUGGGAAAAUGCCUAGAGCAACAGUUCACACUAACUCACUAUAAACCACCAUAUGCAAGCUUUGUACUGUACACUUUACUGUAUAAAUAUAUCUUCAGCUUAACUUUCUUACAGUAGCUGCAGUACUUUUUUACUUUUAUAGAAUAACACACGCAUAAUUGAGUGCAUACAGUUAAAUAAAACAUUGGGUUUUCCAAAGCAGAACUUUCAUAGAGAGGGAGGGAAGCUGUUUUUAAUUUAAAACAAAUCAGAUUUUAAUUUGAAAAGCAUUUAAAAAUGGUUCUGGAUGGUUUUAUCAGAAUAUUAUGACCACAUCCUUUUUUUAUAUAAACAUUCGCUCUAUUCGUAUCUCCACUAAUAAUAUAGAACAUUUUGUAGUUCUAUAGUAGUUCACUCAAUAGUAAGGAUCCCACAGGGCCAUUACAGAGUAUGCAUUAUUUGGGAAGGUAAUCAUUUUCAGUAGGGCUGCAAUGAUUAGUCGAUAUAAUCUGCAAUAUAUAUUCUAAAAAUGUGUAGAUUCCAAAUAUUCAUUAAACAUGAGGUAACUACAUGGCCUCCAUCCACAUGGUUGGGCACCAGUUCCAGUUACAGCUGAAUUAAUGCUUUUAAUCCCAGAAAAAACUCUUAAUUAACAUUUAAAAAGCCAUUUAAAUGCCUGAUUAAAGGGCCGAUUACUGUUGUUUUGCUGUUUUCCUCGGGUUUUAAGAACUCUGCGCUGACUCAGCUCUCGAUCGGUCCGGACCCAAGACUGCAUUGUUCAAUAUCACAAUAUAUAUCAUCAACAAAAGAACAUUUGCAAAAGUUGUAAAAGUUUUCCAAUAUCGAGCAGCCCUAGAUCCGAUACAGCAGUGCUGAUGGUGUUUUUAAACACAUCAGUGAGACUGCUGGACUGAGCCAACAGUGCCCUGUGGGCAACACAGUGCAACAUACACUGUCAAGCAAACCACCAAGUCAUUGCUGAGAAAGAGUGUAGAAACAAAGAAAUUGAGUGAGAUUUUAUUCCAGUUUUUCCAUUCUAAUUCCAAAUUGUAAUGUAGUGUUUACAUAAUGUAAGGUUAUCAAAAAAUGCUACCUGGAUUUAAUACGACAUAUGUUAUAUGUUAAUUUUAUGUUACAUUUUUUUUUAUCUUGCACUGCAGGUUUACUGUGGUGUUUAAGUGUUUUAAACACUUAAACUGCUCCUGUUGGAAAAUCAAAAAUGUUACGAGCAAAAAGCCUCAACCAUUCAUUCCAUCAAACCACGCCUCACAGUCCAUUACAUAUAUAUUUCUAUACAAUGAUGAGCUUUGGGCAUUCUUGGAUGAAUUACUAAAAUAUAUAAUUGUACUAUUUAGACAAGGGUGCCCAAACAUCUGCACAAGACACAAUACGCUUCCAUUCCUUUCUACUGUAAAAAAAACUAUUUUAUUUAUUUUGAUGUAAUAAAUUUAUUAACUUCUAAAAACUAUGAGCAGAAGCACUCACCAGUUUUAUUUAAAAUUAAUGACCUGGUGGUGACUGUCGCACAAAUUUGUAUGGACACUAUACAAAAAACAUUAAAAAUACAUUUUUAUAUUGGCCUGUCAGUAUUUUCUAUGUGGAUAUUAAUAUACAAAACAGAAGACGUUUUCUGUGGCUUUUAGGUCACAUUAUGAACACUAUUCUACUGUAAGUUAAAAUAACUUUAAAAAAAAAAGUUACCUGUGGAUUUGAGGACUUUAUACUUUUUGUGUUCCUUGUUGUUUACUUUUAACCUUGCUACUUAUAAACCCUUUUACAUAAUAUAGAAUUAUUUUUUCCUUUACUGCCUUGAUUUCUCAAGUUCAGAGGCAUGCCUGUUACAAAUCCCUCUCUCAUAUUAUAUACUAUUCUUUAUUGCCUUUACCCAGCUGAUACAUGCCAAAAGUCAUGGGACAGCACAGCAGCAUGUAAACAGAUCAUGAAGUGUUAUCUUGUGAGUGAGGCUGGACGCUGGCCAGCUUGCUCAUGACAAGGCUGAUGUGAAUUAUGGGAUUUGGAGGGAUUUGGAGGGAUUUGGAGUGUCCGUCAGAUGCAUGGGACAUUCCAAACAACAUAGAAGGCAUUCCCACCCACAGUGUCCCAUGACUUGUGGCAUGUCAGUGUGUGUUAGUUUGAACCAAAGCUCCACUGCUUAUGUCUGUAUUUCCAAUUUUCUAAUCUGAAUUAUGUAGGAAUUUAAAGAAAUAAACUGACCAAUCCCAGCAUCUAAA